AUGAGGACGCGGUUCAGGAUACCGUUAUGGCCCUUAUUACUCGCAACUACAGCGAUAUUCUUUACAUGGACAAUUGAUGCGCAGACAACAUGUCGAGAUUGCACAAACAGAGGAUGCUUUUGUGUUGGCGAGAAGGGAAGUAUGGGUAUGCCAGGUCCUCAAGGUCCUCCAGGUUCACAAGGAAUACGAGGAUUUCCUGGUCCUGAAGGUCUUCCAGGACCAAAAGGACAAAAAGGUUCACAAGGUCCACCAGGACCUCCAGGGAUGAAAGGUGAUCGAGGAUUAAUUGGUGUUCCCGGCUUCCCGGGAAAUGACGGAGCAAAUGGACGACCAGGAGAGCCAGGUCCACCAGGUGCACCUGGUUGGGAUGGUUGCAACGGAACGGAUGGAGCUCCCGGUGUUCCUGGUUUAGCUGGACCACCAGGACUGCCCGGUUUUCCUGGUACACCAGGUAUUCCAGGACCGAAAGGUGAACCAGCUAUCGGAUAUGGUGGAGCACCUGGAGAAAAAGGUGACGCAGGAAUGUCAGGAAUGCCAGGAUUACCAGGACCACCUGGACGAGAUGGAUUCCCGGGAAUGAAAGGUGAUCGUGGUGAUAUUGGCCCAGCUGGACCACGAGGGCCACCUGGUGAGAUUGGUAUACCUGGAAAUCCCGGUAUCGGAAGUAUAGGGCCAAAAGGAGAACCUGGCGAUCAAGGACCUCGUGGUCUACCAGGUCUUCCAGGUCCGGUACCAUCAACCGGUGCCAAAGGUACAAUCAUUGGUCCGCAGGGUUCCCCAGGAAUGAAGGGAGAGAAGGGUGAACCUGGAGAACCUGGAGCACGUGGAUAUCCGGGAAAUGCUGGUGCACCAGGACAACCGGGUUUCCCUGGAAUGAAAGGUGAAAAAGGAUUAUCUGGACCAGCUGGACCACGAGGCAAAGAAGGACGGCCUGGCUUACCAGGCCCACCAGGUUUCAAGGGUGAUCGAGGCUUAGAUGGUUUGCCAGGUGUGCCUGGUUUACCUGGUCAAAAGGGUGAACCAGGUUUUCCAGGUCGAGAUGGAUCAAAAGGAGUUCGAGGUCCACCAGGACCACCAGGAGGCGGUGAUUUUACGGAUGGACCGCCGGGACCACGUGGAUUACCAGGUCGAGAAGGGCAACCUGGUCCACCGGGUGUUGACGGUUAUCCUGGGCCACCUGGACCACCAGGCCCUCAAGGACCACCAGGUGGCCCUGGACUUCCAGGUUUGCCUGGUUUAGAAGGAAUACCCGGACCAAAAGGAGCAAAAGGUGAUGCUGGUAUCCCAGGUGCUCCUGGUGUACCUGGACCACCAGGAUUGCCUGGGCCACGAGGACCUAAAGGUGAGCCUGGGCCACGUGGUAUUGAUGGAAAGAGUAUUCCCGGUUUGCCAGGUAAAGAUGGUAGACCUGGUUUGGAUGGUUUGCCCGGAAGAAAAGGAGAAAUGGGAUUACCAGGUGUUCGAGGUCCUCCUGGUGAUUCACUGAAUGGACUUCCUGGUCCGCCAGGGUUGCGAGGACCACCGGGACCCAAAGGUUAUGACGGACGAGAUGGUGCUCCAGGUUUGCCUGGUUUACCUGGACAAAAAGGUGACCGUGGUGGAUCGUGUUUGGCUUGUCUUCCCGGAAUGAAAGGAGAAAAAGGCUCUGCUGGUUAUCCGGGCUUGCCUGGACCACAAGGUGAAAGGGGAUUACCAGGAGUGCCAGGUGCUCAGGGUCCCCCUGGAGAUGAUGGAAUGCCUGGUGCGCCAGGAAGACCUGGACCACCGGGACCACCUGGAAAAGACGGCAUUCCCGGUUUACCAGGACAGAAGGGUGAACCAACACAUAUGGUGCUUCGACCAGGACCACCAGGAUAUCCGGGUCAGAAGGGUGAAGCUGGCUUCCCAGGCUUGCCUGGACAAGUUGGACUACCUGGGAAAUCCGGACCACCUGGUUUGCCAGGAUUGCCCGGAAUACCAGGACCAAAGGGCGAACCGGGUUUUCCUGGGUUGACAGGAAAACCUGGCAAAGACGGACUUCCAGGUUUUCCUGGAUUCAAAGGAGCUCCAGGUUACGGUGCUCCAGGAUUGCCAGGACUUCCGGGCCAGAAAGGAGAAGCGGGACUUCCUGGUCUACCAGGAGCUCAAGGACCUGUUGGACCAAUGGGACCACCUGUAGCCGAAAGUCAGCUGAAACCAGGACCUCCAGGAAAAGACGGAUUACCAGGAUUGCCGGGCCCGAAAGGUGAUGCAGGUUAUCCUGGCCUGCCUGGAAAAGAAGGUCUCCCUGGGCUUCCAGGUUUACCAGGACCAAAAGGAGCUGAAGGUUUGCCGGGUCCACCAGGUGCAGCAGGACAACCUGGAUUGCCUGGUCCGAAGGGAAAUGCAGGGAAACCUGGCUUGCCUGGUUUGCAAGGUCAAAAAGGCGAAACGGGAUAUCCAGGGCUACCAGGAUUACCAGGAGCUAAAGGUGAACCGGGGCUGUCAAUGACAGGACCACCAGGUCCUCCUGGAUUUCCUGGACUGAAAGGAAACGACGGUUUUCCAGGACCACCAGGGCCUCCAGGUCCUGAAGGACCACGUGGCUUGCCAGGUAUACCAGGCUUUAAAGGAGAUGCUGGUCUUCCAGGUCCACCUGGAGUUGUAGGUUUACCUGGUCAAAAAGGUGAUGCAGGAUUUCCAGGACUUCCAGGAGCAGAAGGUCCGGCAGGACCUCCUGGUGUAGCAGGAUUGCCAGGUUUUCCAGGACAAAAAGGUGAAGAUGGACUGCCAGGUUUGCCAGGCGUUGCUGGAUUAAAAGGAGAUGCAGGACUUCCUGGUGCUCCCGGUCUUCCAGGAGCGGACGGAAAACCAGGAUUUCCAGGACUUAAAGGACAAGGAGGACCUCCAGGACCACCAGGUUCAAAAGGUGAUGCUGGAUUACCAGGUUUACCAGGAGCACCAGGUGUCAAAGGUGAACGAGGAAUAGCUGGUUUACCUGGUUUGCCAGGAGUGAAAGGUGUGCCGGGUUACCCUGGUGCACCUGGUAAAGAUGGUAUCCCUGGUAUUCCAGGUGAAAAAGGCGAACGUGGUUUCAAUGGACUACCAGGAGAAAAAGGUGAACCUGGACCUGCUGCAAGAGAUGGAGCAAAAGGUGAAGCUGGUUUACCUGGCGCACCAGGUUUACGAGGACCUCAAGGACCACCUGGAUUACCAGGAUUGCCAGGAAUAAAGGGUGAAGAUGGAAAACCAGGUUAUGGUGCACCUGGAUUGCCAGGAGAAAAAGGUAUUCCAGGUUUACCUGGAAAACAAGGAAGACCAGGAGCACCAGGACCAAAAGGACUUGAUGGUGCACCAGGAUUUCCAGGACUUAAAGGAGAACCAGGUCUUGCUGGACUACCAGGUCUUCCAGGACAAAUUGGAGCACCCGGCCUACCAGGACAAAAAGGUGAUGCAGGUUUUCCAGGCCAAGCUGGUCUUCCUGGAGCACCAGGUUUGCCGGGUAAAAUGGGUGUGCCUGGUAUCCGAGGUGACAAGGGAAGCCCGGGAAUACCAGGUGCAUAUGGUGAACGCGGUCUAGAUGGUCUUCCAGGACAAAAAGGAGAACCUGGAUAUCCAGGAUUGCAAGGUCCGAUAGGUCCACCUGGUCCUAAAGGUAAUGUAGGUGCUCCUGGUUACCCAGGUGUAAAAGGACUGCCGGGAUUUCCUGGAAAAGAUGGACUACCGGGUCUACCAGGAAUCAAAGGUGAUGCUGGAAUACAAGGACCACCUGGAAAAGAUGGAUUUCCUGGAUUACCUGGUCAGAAAGGUGAAGCUGGAUUGCCUGGCUUACCUGGCUCACCCGGUGCUUCAAUUGCUGGUCUAAAAGGUAGUCCCGGAGCACCGGGACUUCCCGGUAAGGAUGGCCUUCCCGGUUUGCCAGGAAUGAAAGGUGAACCAGGGAUACCAGGAUACCCUGGAAUACCAGGAGCAAAAGGGGAACCGGGUUUACCUGGAAUCCCAGGAGCGAAAGGAGAACCAGGACUACCAGGGUUACCAGGUUUGCGUGGAAAAGAUGGACUUCCUGGAUCACCUGGUGUAGCUGGAUUACCAGGCUUACCUGGUGCAAAAGGUGAUGUUGGACUAAGCGGUGCUCCAGGUGCACCUGGUCUUCCAGGUUUACCAGGACUAAAAGGCGAACCAGGUCUUCCUGGAUUUCCGGGACCAAAAGGUGAACCAGGUAUACCAGGAAAGCCAGGAUUUCCAGGAUCCCAAGGUGUAAAAGGUGAUUGUGGUACUCCUGGAGCACCAGGUCGGGACGGUGCACCGGGCAAAAUUGGCGAACCAGGACCAAUGGGUCCACCAGGAGCUGAACCAUUAACACUGCGUGGUGAGAAAGGUGAUCAGGGUCCAAUGGGUUUACCGGGUAUCCGAGGUGAGAAAGGACUUCCUGGAUUGGAUGGUUUGCCAGGGCCAGGCGGACCACCAGGACCACCAGGAUUGAAAGGAGCGGAUGGUUUCCCAGGACUACCUGGCUUACCUGGUGAGAAAGGUGCAGCUGGUUUGCCAGGUUUUCCAGGUGUAGAAGGUACACCAGGACCACCAGGAUUGCCAGGACCAAAUGGACCACCAGGAGCACCCGGACCAACAUACAGAGAUGGAUUCUUACUCGUCAAACAUAGUCAAACAACCGAAGUACCUCAAUGUCCACAAGGACAGCAGAAACUAUGGGAUGGUUAUUCUUUGCUGUAUAUCGAAGGCAAUGAAAAAUCACAUAAUCAAGAUCUUGGUCAUGCGGGUUCAUGUUUGACACGAUUUUCAACAAUGCCAUUUUUAUUCUGUGACUUCAAUAACGUUUGUAAUUAUGCAUCACGUAAUGAUAAAUCAUAUUGGUUAUCAACAACAGCUCCAAUACCAAUGAUGCCUGUUAAUGAGCAAGGCAUUGAACCAUAUAUUUCAAGAUGUGCUGUAUGCGAAGCACCAGCUAAUGUUAUUGCUGUUCACUCACAAACUAUUCAAAUACCAAAUUGUCCAAAUGGAUGGAAUUCACUUUGGAUUGGUUAUUCAUUUGCUAUGCAUACCGGUGCGGGAGCUGAAGGUGGUGGUCAAUCAUUGAGCUCACCUGGUUCUUGUCUUGAAGAUUUUCGUGCAACACCAUUUAUUGAAUGUAACGGUGCUCGAGGUAGCUGCCAUUAUUUUGCUAACAAAUUCAGUUUUUGGCUUACAACAAUUGAGGAUGAUCAACAGUUCAGGAUCCCAGAAAGUGAAACAUUGAAAUCGGGAAGUUUACGAACACGGGUCUCCCGAUGUCAAGUGUGCAUAAAAGCUACAGAUUCGAGCCGAUUUCCUUAUAAACAAUAA